CAUCAAGUGAUAAAACAUCCAAUACACCAUGUCCGGCUACCCUACCCUCCAACCCGCCUUUACGAUCCAGGUCGUCAUUGAUGCGCCACUAGGCGUCGGCAGUGCCUCCCGGCAGAAUAGCCUUCAGGUCGUGCCGAUGACCGGCGGCACCAUUAAGAGCGAGCCUGGCUUCUCCCCCGCUCUCGAUGCUGAGUUUGUCGGUGUCGGGAACGACUACAUUCACGCGGAUGCUGACGGCAAGCACUUGCGUCUGAACGCCCACGCGGUUGCUAAACCUAAGGAUGACGCCGAUCUCAUCUACCUGAACUACACCGGUGUUGUUACGCUGGCCCCGGAGGUCCAGGCUGUCUUUGCGGGCACCGCUGAGGAUGGGUCGACGCCUUUUGGCAAUGCUUUCACCCAUUUCACUUUCGAGACGGGCAGCGCGCGCUACAAGGACCUUGAAACCCGCGUCUUCGUCGCCCAGGGACGGUUCAACAUCGAGAAGGGCAAGCCGCCUGUGGUCGAGUACCGGGUCAGCCAGGUCGUCCAGGGAUAGAAAAAUUCCGACUCCCAUCCCGAGCUGUUCAUGCAAUCAUGCACACAGUUCGAGUAGCUUCACAAAAGUGAAUAUGACAUUCUCCCUGAAUAGACAACAGUCGUCAAACCUCAUAAUCCAUAAGAUACAUCCAACCUAGUCAAGAUAGCACGAUACAAUAGUGCCCAGUCCAGCUUAUAUAGCCCCCACCCGGAGAAUACCAGGCAGGGACCUAACCCAACCCCCCAAGCAAAGGCCUCCUCUCAUCAUCAUCAUCACCACCACGACCCCGCAACUCAUCCUCCUCAUCCCCCAACCCAGACAAACCACCACCACCCGUGCUCGCCCAGGAAAACCCCAACCGCCGCCUCAAACCCCCCAAACCACCACCACUACCCCAAUCAGCACCCUGAUCCUCACCACCAG